GAUUCUAGCCUUCGUCAGGAGCAGCCAUAUUACCCUCUCGUUUCCUCGCGUGACUAUUGACGAGAUGUCGUCGUCUGUUCGUUUCGCUCCAGCUUUUCGCUCGAGGGGCAAUUCCGUGCAUGUGGUCAUCUUCCGCUCCCCUUGUCCCUUCCAGUAUUUUUGGCUGGAAUGCAAAAUUCAUGGCUGCUCCUCCAAUGUCCCUCAUUCUUAGGUCAUACUGAUUCGAGGUAGGCUCUAGACUGGACACAUCGUUCACAUUCUAAGAUUUAUACGUCUAACUUCCGACUUUCCUCUGAGCCCGUCUGGCGACGAGUCCUCUAUAAUCUCCCUGUUCCACUACUUGCGAAUCCCAAUCUCGCCGUAAUCUACCCGCAAGCAAGCGUUUCCCGCUCACCUCUGCCAUUUCCUCAUUUGCUCAUAAAUGCCGUUUUGACCGCGUCGAUCGAUGGCGGUUCUUGAUGUUUCUGGGCUGACUAGCUAUGGGUAUGGGCCACCAGUCUACCAGAGGCUUCGACUCAGAGCAGCCUCAGCUGGUCGGAGCAGCCUCAGCAAUUUACGAGUAGUUUUCUCCACAUGACAUAACAUGAAAUGGAAUGGAAAUGAUUCUAGGGGCUUUGAUUCCAUUUGGCGAUGGAGAUUGGGCAAGCAGGUAUGCACAGCGCCGCGCCCAUCCGAAGGUUAUUUUUGAAGUGCUAACGAUCCCGUUUUCUCUUGCCUCGCCCCUUCCCUAGACCUGGUUUUUUUCCCUGUGAUGUUUUACUUCGUCUCUUUCUCCCGCCUUUCCUCGAUGCUCGUUCCAGUAGCAGGAAAAAAAUAAAGUGAGAGCUUCUGAUUUAUCAUUCUGAUAGGAUGGAAGAUCUUCUCACGCGCUAAGAGCGGUUCUGUCUGUGCCCGCUGCCUGUUAGCCACUCUGCUUUGUCUGUGCCUGUGCUCUGUCUAUCCCAAUGUGUUCAGUUUCCCUGCAGGAAGGCAGUGCAAAGAGCACGCAAGGAGCGAGAUGACGGUUGAGUCGAGUGAAAAGCCAUCCUGUGCUCUGUCUAUCCCCAUGUGCUCCGUUUUCCUGAAAGGAGGCAGUGCAAAGGGCACGCAAGGAGCGCUACAGGCGCAAGCGGAUGCACGCGUGCAGGGGGCACAGGCACAGCAGCAGAGGCACAGCAGCAGAGGCUCAGCAGCAGAGGCACAGCAGCAGAGGCACAGCAGCAGAGGCACAGCAGCAGAGGCACAGCAGCAGAGGCACAGCAGCAGAGGCACAGCAGCAAAGGCACAGCAGCAGAGGCGCAGCAGCAGCGACACACCGGGCGUGUGAAACCUUCGCAACCCUGCUUUCCCCUUCCCCCCUGUUUUUACCACACACCCCUGCUUUCCCCUUCCCCGCUGUUUUAACCAUACACCCCUGCUUUCCCCUUCGCCCCUGUUCUCAUCAUCCAUCCCUGCUUUUCCCGUCUGGCCCCCUGUUUUCCCCAUUCGCCUCUCCUUCCCUUCCCCCACCUCCCUGUUCUGGCGUUCAUUCUCAGAUUCCCCACAGCACAUAUGGUUUCGCCCUUCCCUUGCCACAGGGGCUACUCGUCUGUUUCUCGCCCCUCUGUCAAUCUCCCCUCGGUUUCUCUCCCCUCUGCCUCUCCCCUCUGUUUCCCCCCCCUCUGUUUCUCUCCCCUCGGCUCCUCGCACUAAUUUGUCACUCUGCAGUCAAGAGCCUUGAGGCGACUCAGGAGCAGCCAUAGGCCUGAGGUGGAGUCUUGUUUGCAACGUUUGCUGCUGUCCACGCAGCAUAAAUUCCUUCACGUUCCUCCUCUCAGCACUUGCUUGUCCUGUUAAACUGUGCAGUCACAUGCGGCUCAGGAACUACACUACAGCAAUGGACAGAGUGGCAGAUAGGGAAUCUGAGAUGAUAUGGAAGUGUUAUGCUCGCUUGAGCUAGUUCCACGCUCCACCAGCAGGCAUCGUAGUGCUGGUGGACCUAGUUGACAAAUGUCAGUGCCAAAUGUUUGAAAUUCCUUCACUGCUAGCCAUAUAUUCUGUAUUGUGUCCCAUUGCCAUCUACCGUAUUAGCCCGGAUAUAAGACCCAUGGGUCUUAUCACAUACCGUUUAGAAAUAUUCCAAAUGGUCCUAGAUCCAGGGGCAAAAAACCGGGUUACCACAA